GUUACUGACUAUAUAACUGUAGAGAGGUGAAAAUAAUAAAAAAGACAUCGACUUACAGGCAGUAUUUUUGCAUCAACUUCUAAUAUUGUUAGAAUAUUCGAGGAAUAUUAUAGGAAUAUUAUAGAAUUGUAGGUUCGUAGAAAAAUUGAGAAUAUUAUUUCAUACUUUUUUAGCACUUCUGAGGUUUCUGAAAGUAUUUUAUUUGACGUAUUUUAUAUAUUUCACGAAUUUAUAUUUGCUACAUAGCAGACGCGCAAAUAAGAUUAUUAGAUCAUUUUAGUAAGACAUGCCUUUAAGUAGCUUUACUUGCGGGAAUAAGGACAAACUACCUCUUAGAAUCGUUACAAUAAUCCUCAUCAGCAUCAGAAAAUAGACAUUGGAUCGGAAUAAAUUUAGGAUUAGCAAGUAAUGCUACGUAUAUAUUUAUACAUAAACGUGAAGUAAAUAAAAUGAGCGUCGAUAUUACAAGUAUUUUAGUACAUUCCAAUAAGCUCGAAGUCUUUGAUUAAACAACGCGUCCUAAAGAUGAAAACGCUAUACGUUAUAAAAGACGCUUCACACACAACGAAAUUGCGCCUCGGAUAUUUAAUUAGUUAUUAAUAUCAUCUUGACACGAUUUUACCAUUACCGGCCGAUAGGAUAUCGCUCACAUAUUUUAUGGUUCGGUAAACCGCACAGCUCGACACUGUACAAGCAUUAUCUGGGCGAACUAUUAUUUCUUCAACUGGACGAGAGACGAUCUCCAAAUCAAUCGCGCGGUGUUCUUUCAUAUACUCGCGAUAACGCUCUCCACGCGAUCACGGACAUGGAUAACGAGACACUGAGGAUUUAUCGUCGAAAAAAGUAGAUUACUCACUAGCCUGUGAAGAGUUUUGCGACUCAAUCCGAGUAAUCUCAGCGAGAACCAUUAGUCGUGGCGGAUCGCACGAGUGCGAAAGAAUGUCGAAAAAAUUUAUCCUGUUACUCUGUGCUCUGUUAGUACACAUCAUUAAUACCGAAAAGCAGCAAUAUGUGGACAUCGCGGAUUACCCGUACCACGUAUCGAUCCAAAUAGCAGAACAACACGCUUGCAGCGGCGCAUUCAUACAUGAAUCCUGGAUUAUAACCGUGGCAUCCUGCGUUUUUAGGGCAAGAUUGCCGAUGAUCACCGUGCGUGUCCGUACAUCGGUCGUUUCUACCGGUGGCGACGUAUUGGAGAUAAGCAACGUUGUGGUGCAUCAAAAUUUCGACAAAUACGUGUACUUCAACGAUAUAGCGCUUAUCAAGCUGAAAAUUCCCGCAGAGUUUGGAGAAAAGUUGCUUCCAAUCGGGCUGCCCGAGAAAGGAAGUCAAGUAGACCGCGAUGGAGCAGCGUGUGUCGUGACUGGCUGGAAGCGAACACCGGAGCGUCCGCCCGGAGCCGUGCUCACAGCGGCCGCUGUGGCGAUCGUAAAUCACGAUACGUGCGCCAAGAUGCUGCCGAGGUACAAGCCGUUGUCUAAGGAGAUGCUGUGCGCCGGUAACGCGAGCCACGGCGCGAAAACGUGUCAGGGUGAUCCAGGUGCGCCUUUGGUAUCGGAGCAGAUAUUGAUUGGUGUCCUAUCCUACGGAUUAGGAUGCGAAACUACGAUACAUCCGGGAGUGUAUACUCGUAUCAGCAGUUACUUACCUUGGAUCUUUGCAAACUCUGGUAUUAAUUACGUGUGAGACAGCACAUGUAAAUAUUAUGAUCGGUUCCAAUUAGUUUUACACUAAUUAGAACAUUGUGCUACAUUAACAAAUCAAAUUCUGCAGAUUGACGUAAAUAUAUGUUGAGAACACGCAAAAUUGUCUGCUACUUUAUCUCCAUUAACGAAAUAUCUUUGUUAAAAGCAGUAUUUGAUUUACUGUCGUAGUUAAAAAUUAGAUUAAAGGAGAACAUCGGUUUUGCAUCCAUGAUAUUGUGCCGCGUUCUCGUUGUAUGUUCGCCCGGCCGAGAACGACACAGAAAAUAGCCGCUUGAGCGCAAAUAGGCGACUACUGGAACUCAAACAUUACGUGAUUUCGUCAAUACUCGAUGCAUAUUCAUAAAGAUUUAGCGUAGCAACAACGGACUAGCAAUCAAUUAUUUCGACCUGCCGCGUGCGUACUCGCUCGUUGAUAAAGUCAUGAAUACAGUACCUCGAGCAUACCAUUUAAUUUUAACACUGGCAUCGAAUGUGCCGUACUUCCGAUUUGGAGUGUGGCUUAAUUGUCACGUUUCGAAACCGAAACUUCCGGCGUGCGACACGUCGCCGCGGUUGAUCAUUAAUUCACCGUCGAUAUUCCGUCGCGCACCAAUUAAUGGAAAGGAUUAAAAGUUUAUACAAAUUUGUACCCAGCAGUUCAUUUGCGUCCGUGCGAGCCUGAUUGUGUGGAAUUAACGAGCGGCAUUUAAAAUCCUUUUAGCGACCAUUAAA